GGCCUUAGAAGGCAAAACAAUAAUAGUUCCAAAGAUGAGGUUUCUUCGCCUAAUCUUCCUAAAUCUCUUACUUAUAAACGCAGCACUAGCAUUAUUAGCAAGAAAUAGCAAAACUACUGCAAUUACUGCUGCUACAAAGUUGUUGCAAAAGAGAUCAUUGCUUAGUAAGAUUAUACCAGUUAAUGUGGGAUUGAUCUUGGAUGAACAAGAUUAUUGGGUUGGGCAGAUGGGUUAUAGAUGCAUAAAAAUGGCGCUUUCGAGCUUCUACGAUACUCAUCAGAAUUACAACACCAGGCUAGUUUUACAUACCAAAGAUUACAAGCAUUAUGAUGUUAUUAGUGCUGCUUCUGCUGCCAUUCAUCUUAUCAAUGAUGUUGAAGUUAAGGCAAUUAUAGGGCCACUUACAUCAACAGAAACCCAAUUUGUGAUAAAUCUUGGUACAAAGGCUCAAGUACCCAUCAUCUCAUACUCUGCAACAAGUUCUUUCCUUUCAUCUCUAGGAAGUCCUUACUUCAUCCGAGCUACUCAAAAUGACGUACAUCAAGUACGAGCCAUCGGGGCGCUUAUCCAAGCAUUUGGUUGGAAAGAAGUUGUGCCAAUACAUGGAAAUGAUGAAUAUGGUCGAGGCAUUAUGCCUGAUCUUGUUGACAUGUUACAAGGAAUCAAUACGCGUAUGCCAUACCAAAGUGUCAUUUCUCCAAUAGCAACCGAUGAUCAGAUCUUAGAAGAGUUGUACAAGUUGAAAACAAUGCAAACAAGGGUGUUCAUUGUUCAUUUGUGGCCUAAUACAGGAGUUAGGUUGUUUCUUAAAGCUAAAGAGGCAGGGAUGAUUAGUGAAGACUAUGUUUGGUUUUUGACAAAUGGGAUGACUGAUUUACUCGAAUCUUUCGAUUAUAAUGCCCUCGAAUCAAUGCAAGGGGUGUUGGGUGUCAAGACUUAUGUUCCAAGGACACAAGAGCUUAAGAAUUUUACUAGUAGAUGGUCAAUGAAUUUUAAGCAUGAUCACCCAAAUGUGUAUGGUUUAUGGGCUUAUGAUGCUACUUUUGCUCUAGCUAAAGCAGCAGAGGAAGCAUUUGUUAGUAGUUUUAACGACUUCAGUUCAUCGAAGAAGAGUAAAACUAAUAGCACUUCAACUGAUCUAGAUGAUAUUGCAGUCUCCAACAUUGGGCCAAAGCUUCUCCAAGCUGUAUCGAAAACUGAAUUCAGAGGUCUUGCAGGAGAUUUUAGCCUCAACAAAGAAGGAGAACUAAAACCAUCCAUCUACCAAAUCAUAAAUUUGGUUGGAAAUGGACGGAAAGAUGUCGGAAUUUGGACUGCAGAAAAUGGACUAAUGAAAGACCUGAAGGUAAACUUCUCUGCAGGUUCUGCAUAUUCCACAUCAAAGGUUAAUCUACGAGCUAUCAUAUGGCCAGGAGACACCUUUUCUGUUCCUAAAGGUUGGGGCAUUCCUGCAAGUGACAAAAAGUUGAGAAUUGGAGUUCCUGUCAAGGAUGGCUUUACUGAAUUUGUGAAAGUGCAGAAAGAUCCUGAUUCUGACACUACCAAAGUCACUGGUUACUGCAUCGAUGUUUUCGAUGCUGUUAUGGCAAAGCUUCCAUACUAUGUUUCCUAUGAAUAUGUUCCUUUUUGGCAAAUGAAAGAGACGGCCUCGAGUUCUUAUAAUGAUUUGACUUACCAGGUUUAUCUUGGGGACUAUGAUGCUGUUGUUGGAGAUGUGACCAUAGUAGCAAACAGGUCACUAUAUAUAGAUUAUACACUCCCAUUUACGGAAUCUGGUGUGACAAUGGUUGUUCCAGUGAAAGAGAACCAUACAAAGAGAACAUGGUUGUUUAUGAAGCCACUGACUUGGGAUCUCUGGGUUAUGACCUGUUGCUUCUUUGUGUUAAUUGCUUUCAUAAUCUGGGUUCUUGAACAUCGUGUGAACGAAGAAUUUCGAGGCCCUCCCUUACAUCAAGCAGGCACUGCUCUUUACCAUUCAUUCUCAACCAUGGUCUUUGCACAUAGUGAGAAUAUUUUAAGCAAUCCAGCAAGGUUUGUGAUGGUGGUAUGGAUAUUUGUGGUGCUCAUCCUUACACAAAGCUACACAGCAAGCUUGACAUCUAUGUUAACGGUCCAACAGUUGCAGCCUGCAGUCAAAAGCAUAAAUGAGCUGAUAAAAUACAGGGAUUCUGUAGCAUAUCAGCAGGGCUCCUUUGUUGAAGGACUCUUAAAACAGCUAGGAUUCAAAGAAGCGCAACUAAAACCCUACAAAAAGUGCGAUGAGCUAGACGAUUUACUGUCAAAAGGCAGCAAAAAUGGGGGUGUUUCUGCAGUUUUUGACGAGGUUCCUUAUAUGAGGCUUUUCUUAGCACAACAUUGUCAAAAGUAUUCCAUGGUACAACCUUCUUACAAGACCGGUGGUUUUGGCUUUGUUUUCCCUAAAGAGUCUCCUCUGGUGCCCGAUGUUUCAAGGGCAAUUUUGAGUGUCACAGAAGGGGAAAAGAUGGUGGAAAUCGAAAAAGAAUGGUUCAACACACAAGACAAUUGCGACAGUUCAUCCAGCAAAGUGUCUUAUGAUUAUGAAUUUAGUCUCGGACUUGAGAGCUUCUGGGGACUGUUUCUUAUAGCAGGACUAGCUGCAAUUUUCGCUCUUGUUCUAUUCCUAGUGCAGUUCAUGUACAAACAUUGGCAUAUAUGGAAACAGAAUAAUGGUUCAAUCUGGAAUAGAGUUAAAGAACUUGGAAAGACAUAUGAUGAGAUAGACCGGUCAUCCCCUAGCAUCAAGAAAAUUCAGCAGCAGCUAGAAAAGAGUUGUCAUAGUUGUGAGAAUCAUCGCAGUGAAGAUGCAGCUGAAAGUAUGCCUAAUACGAACUGCCAUCCUAGUCCAAUGAGAGAAUAAUGAAGCCAUUAACUUGAUCUGCUCUAGAGAUGAUCACUGUAACAUUACUCUGUGGAUACAUAUAUACUUACUACUAGCAUAGAACAUUUGAAAAAUAUAGAAAUAACUAGUCUCCCAUAUAGCACAGUUACAUUGUAGAUCUUGUUAGAUAUUUUAAUGCAUAUACCGUAAUCCUAUAGUAUGUAAUGUAAUGUAAUUUUUCAUACAGCUCAAUCUGAUUUGAUAUUAUGUAACAUAUGUAGCGCGUUGUUUGCUUCUAGAUUAUACAACUUGAUUGUGCAUACUAAGAUUGAGCCCAAAGUUUAUGGCCUUUAUGCUGUUAUAACAGAUUAGAUGCU